AUGCAGGGAGUUAUCAUGAACAAGGUUAGCGCCGACAACGUAACGGUUCAUCGACCGAAGCGCUACGCACCCGGAACGCUGAGCUCCUUGCUUGGGACGCGUCCGGCGUUAGUCGGGCGGCUCCGACGCGCUAUCUGGGUCGCCGCCGCGCCCGCACUGGCGGCGCGCGCAGCGGGCGCGGGCGGGCGGCGGGAGGCGGGGGCGGCGUACCGCAGCGCUCAGUCGCGCCCCGGCCGCGGCCCGUCCCCGUGCAGCCCUAGCCUCGCCCGCCGCCGGCCGCGCGCCCGCCCAUGCCGCGCCCGCGCCGCCGCUAGCGCGGCAUGGCCGGCGAGCCGCCCGCCGCCGCCCAGCCGCGGGCAGGAGCGAGCCGCGCCCGUAUCGACCGUCGGAGUCGACUCAGUGGCGCCCGCCGCGUCGUCGCCUCGUCGUUCAGCGCGGCUCAAGCGUCCACAUUGUGAUCCCGUGACUCGUCAUCCUCGCGAAGGUGGCAGCGCCUGGCGCCCUGCUGCAGACGAGACCGCGGGCGAGGCCGCGCGGUGCGCUUGUUUACACAACGGCCGCGCGGCGACCGAUAUAGCGGCCGCAGUAAACAGCACGCGGCGC